AUGGUAACGCUACCUUCGGUGUUGGACAGCAAAAAGCCCACUGCCUACAUUUUCUCAUGCUUUACGGGGAUUGGUCGACCGGUCAACUUAUCCUCGCCUGCAGUCGGCCCAAUCGUCCAAUGGAAACCGUCAGCCGGGAUCCACAUUAGUCUGGGUAGGCUUCGUUCUCGAGCCAGCCCGCUCACCGCGCACGCUCAAACCCCCUCUACUGUGGCGCAUCUGCCUACUACCGAGCCUUUGGAAAUGAGUAAUCUCAGCUUGGCAUGCAUCAUUUGGCGACAGCUUCUGGCGGCUGGCGGGCCGCCAGCCGCCAGAAUAAGACAUGGGUCUGCAUGGUGUGACCGACUGGGAGACUAG